AUGACAGUUCAAGAUCAACACGUGGUCGAGAUUGGUGAAGGAAGCAAGCUCUGUUCUGCAACUCAAAUAAGGAAGAUGGAAACCAGAAAUCGAAAUAUUCCGAAUGAAAUAAGCAAUCUUACAAGUGUGAGUUGCAUAUACGCAAGUGCUAAUCAAUUGUCUGGUCAUAUACCAAGAGGCAUUGGCAAGUUCACUCGGCUUCAAGAGUUAUUUUUGGACAACAAUAACUUAGAAGGAAAUAUUCCCAAUGAAAUUAUAAGUCUUGCAAAUCUGAAGAUGAUGAGCCUAAGGGUUAAUCAGCCAUCUGGCCCCAUACCAAGAGGCAUUGGAAACUUGACUGUGCUUCAACAGUUGUAUCUUGAUAGCAAUAAUUUAGAAGGAUCAAUACCUAUGGAAAUUGGUAAUCUUCAACAGCUUCAGAUAUUAGAUUUGUCUCAAAACAAAUUUAGAGGAUUUAUUCCAUCAGAAAUUUUCAACAUGUCAACUUUGGAGGUCUUGUCUCUCUCAAACAAUUCUCCAUCAAGAAGUCUUCCAUCAAAUUUUGGAUUUGGUGGCCUUUCUAAUCUUCAAAGGUUUUAUUUAUGGGGCAACAAACUUUUUGGAAAAAUCCCAAAUACUAUAUCCCAUGCUUCAAAGCUAACCGCUCUAGAAUUGGACAACAAUAAUUUUGAAGGGGUUUUACCAAACACACUUGGGCAUUUAAGAUACUUAGAAACCUUUUCAAAUGCAAUUGGUAUAUUGGAAGUAAACCUAUCUUCUAAUGUUUUAGUUGGAAAUCUAUCAUUCAAGAUUGGCAACUUAACAGCACUUAUAUCAUUAGAUUUGUCAAUAAAUCGUAUAUCAGGCAUCAUUCCAUCAGUAAUAGGUGGCUUGCAAAAUUUGCAAAUUCUCUCAUUGGCACAUAACAAAUUGCAUAGGAAGAUUCCUGAAUCACUUGGGAAUUCUCCAAGCUUAGUAAAAUUUGAUGAGAGUAACUUACUUGGAAGGGAAAGUUUUGGUUCUGUGUUCAAAGGAAAACUUUCAAGUGGAAUAAUGGUUGCUAUUAAAAUAUUCAAUUUUGACUCAGAAGCAUUGUCAAGGAGCUUUGAGGUGGAAUGUGACGCAAUGUGUAAUUUGUGCCAUCAAAAUUUGGUGAAGAUCAUUUGUAGUUGUUCCAAUGCCGAUUUGAAGUGUUUGAUAAUGGAGUUCAUUCCUAAUGGAAGCCUUGAAAAAUGGUUAUAUUUUGAUAACUAUCAUUUAGAUUUUCUACAAAGGUUGAAUAUAAUGAUAAAUGUAGCAUUUCCUUCAGAAUAUCUUCAUCAUGACUUGUCAACACCAGUAGUCCAUUGUGAUUUGAAACCAAGUAACAUUUUGUUGGAUGAUAAUAUGGUUGCCCAUGUGAGUGACUUUGGAAUUGCCCAAUCUUUAGAUAAAGGGAAAUCUAAGAUGCACACCGAGAUAAUAUCUACAAUUGGUUAUAUCGCACCAGGUAGUAACUAG